ACGUCCUCUCGUUGGUGUUCUGACUUUACCUUGUGGGGAUCGUUGCAUCUCUGGUGGCGGUGGUUACAUCGCUGCGAGCUACGUCAAGUGGCUGGAGGCCGCAGGAGCUCAGGUUGUGCCUAUCCCUCAUUACGAGACGCGCGAGCAUAUCAUGAGGUUGCUCAAGAUGGUUUCCGGUGUGUUAUUUACUGGCGGAGGAGAUCAAGGAGCGGAGUGGAACAAUCCGACAAAAUGGAUCGUUGAGGCCAGAGCAACAGAUGAGCUCAAAGGAUUGCCCAUCUGGGGGAGUUGCCUUGGAUUCGAACGUCUGAUGCAAAUAGCCGCUGGCAACGACUCGAUUUUGGAGCACACACCUGGUGCUGAUGAUGUAUCAUUGCGACUGAAUUGGAGAAGCGGUGUGGAGUCGGCGUUAGUGAAGGAUAGAGGUGCUGCCCAGGCCGUACAGGCUACUUCCGCUGGGGACAUGACGUACAAUCAUCACGAUUGGGGUGUUUGGGUCGAUCAACUCUCAAGUUUCCCCGAAGCCGAGAAGAACUUCAAAGUCUUGGCUACGUCCACGAGUACUGAGGUUGACAGGGAGUUCAUCGCUGUUGUGGAGGGUCGAAACGAAUUCGAUGGGGUAUGGGCUGUUCAG